GAAGUUUCACUGCUCAUGGGUUCUUGAGGCGCAAUGUAGGUGGUGGGAGAAUGGCGCUUCUCUUUGCGCUCAAUGGGCGAAAGAUCGAGCUCAGCGAUGUCGAUCCCAGCAUGACGCUGCUGGAAUUUCUAAGAUGCCACACCGAUCUCAAGGGCACCAAGCUCGGAUGUGGAGAAGGGGGGUGUGGAGCUUGCGUGGUGGUGGCUUCCCGCUACGAUGCCUCCACAGACAGCGUGGAGGACGUUAGCAUAAACUCUUGCCUGGCUUUGCUGGGCUCUCUUCAUCUCCGUGCCGUGACGACGAUCGAGGGCCUGGGAAGCUCCAAAAACUCGGCUCCACGCUGUCCAGCGAAGGUUUCUGGGAUUUCACGCGUCCCAGUGUGGUUUUGCACGCCUGGUAUGUGCAUGUCGCUCUAUGGAGGCCUCAAGAACCAGCAAAGAAGGGUCUCUGUGGAUGGUGGAAAGUAUGAAAGUGGUGCUCUAGAGCAGUCGAUCCAGGGGAGUUUAUGCCGCUGCACGGGAUACAGGCCCAUAGUUGACGUGUGCAAGAGCUUUGGAAGCAGUGUAGACGUUGAAGAUCUCGGCCUGAACAUCUUCUGGAAGGACAGGAAGGAUGGUCGAAUGGAGCUUUUGCCGUGCUAUGAUCCGGGUGACGAUCCAAAGUUCCCAGAGUUUCUCAAGCAGGAGAUCAUUCAAAGGCAAUCCGCUAUAGAUUCUACUGGCACUUCUGCUAUGAUCGAGCACGAGAAGUGGAUUUGCGCUACGAGCUCUGGACAUGCUUUUGGACUGCUCAAACACUUCCAAACGCGUUCCAAGACGAGCAAGGAGGUGAAGAUCGUGGUGGGAAACACCAGCGCUGGAGUGUACAGGGACUGGGAUCAUAGCGUCUUCAUCGAUAUCAGCAGGAUUCCGGAGCUCCAUGUCGUAGAAGCAAGGAGCGACGGCAUUGAGUUCGGUGCUGCAGUGAGCAUCGCAAAGCUCAUCGACUUUCUCGACGAAAACUUUAAGAAAGCUGGCAGUGGUAUUGCGAAACACUUGAGAAAGGUUGCUUCUCCACACGUUAGAAACGCGGGGAGUGUUGGUGGCAACUUGAUCAUGGCUCAGAAAUUUGGCUUCGAUUCGGACAUCGCGACGGUGUUUCUGGGAUUCGGUGCUACGUUGAAGCUGCUGGUUUCUCCGGAUAAGCAAGUAAUCCAGAGCAUGGAAGAGUUUUUAGAAGGUGGUGGCGGAGUGGAUGAUUAUCCAAGCUCGUUGCUGACAAUGAUCUUCUUACCACUAAGAUCACAUGAAGCGGCCGAGUUUAAGACGUACCGAGCAUCACCGAGACUGUGAAGGAUCCCCUCGUUGUGCUCUGCUCGUCGCUUGAGCAUUUCUUCGUUGAUCACUCCCAUGCUCGAUAAAGAACAUAGAAGAGCCCUAACCCUAAUCCCACAAUUUAAACACGUAUACUAAACCUUUUUACCCUUGCAUAACAUUAAAGGGCAUAUACAGGUUAAAGUUUU